AAUGGUUCACGCCCAGGCACUGCCAGGUACACCAGCCCAGAAGUUCAGUAUGAGUGAAAUCGUUGAGAAAGCUUGCCAGGAAGCCAGUCUCUAUCAGCAAUGUGGGGUGGAUGCGGUAUUGGUGGAGAACAUGCAUGACAUGCCGUACUUACUCACUGACAGGGUAGGACCAGAGAUAACUGCUGCCAUGACAACCAUCUGUUACAGUGUCCGCCAGGUUUUCACAAGAGGUCCAGUAGGAGUUCAAAUCCUGGCUGGGGCAAACAAACAAUCUCUGGCUGUGGCACAGGCUGCAGGCCUUCAGUUUCUCCGUGCAGAGGGGUUUGUGUUUUCUCAUAUAGCUGACGAGGGCUUGAUGAACUCCUGUGCAGGAGAACUACUCAGGUACAGAAGACACAUUGGAGCAGACAAUGUACAGGUACUCACAGAUAUCAAGAAAAAACAUAGUUCACAUGCCAUUACAGAGGAUGUGAGUUUGGUGGAGACUGCCAAGGCUGCAGAGUUUUUCCAAAGUGAUGGUGUUAUAGUAACAGGCUCCACCACAGGACAAGAGACCAAUCCACAGCAAGUGACAGAUGUACAGUCACAGGUGUCCAUCCCAGUGUUAGUGGGAUCUGGUGUUACACAGGAAAAUGUUCACAAAUUCCAACAAGCAGCAGGAUUGAUCAUUGGUUCACACUUCAAGAGAGACGGACAUUGGGAGAAUGACAUCGACAAAAAUCGUGUCUUGAACUUCAUGUCAAGAGUAAAGGAAUUGUCAAGGUAAUGUGCUGAAGGUGCAAUUCUGAAACAGAGCUGUUAAAGAGCACUGCCUGAGUGGAAACCUGCUCGACUCACUCUAGGAAAUCAUUUUAUCAAGACUUUAUGAUCAAUACAUUUAAAUAUCCAAGUGAUAAUGCAACAUUUAUCAUCAUACGGUUUUGGCUGUCAUCUCAUGAAUACUUUUGUCCUCAUGCACAUGCUUGCAUUUAUCCAUCUCUUUCACUCAGUAACACAAAUGAAUCUGAGCAUAAAAGGUCCUCAAAUUUUGGUUGAAUACAUACAUGUACAUAAUCUACUUUUGGGUGACAAUUUGAGGAGUUAGUCCAAGAGUUAUGGCCACUGUUGUUCACAGAUCAGUGAAGGAUCAAUAACCUAGGAUAUUUAUAGAAUAUUUCAAACACGGCACCAAAUUUGCACCAAAGAAGGAAAAACAAAAAACAUUUUUAAAACGCUCCUGUGAUAAACAUUUGAGGGCUGUGAGCAAUUUUUAAAAAGGAAAGAAAUUUUUAUUAAAGUGUAUCGAAAAGCAAUGUUUGUGUUACAAAGUUGAUCACGCCUGAUGAAAUCAUACGUGUGUUUUCGUAGUGUCUUGUGAAAUUAGUGCUGAUUCAUACAUGGUAUAAUUGACGUAAACAUACGU